UUGCCACAUGACCAACUGUCUUGAACGCCCCUCGGUCAGUUGGUGAAAGCUGUGCAAGGUAUUUGUUUCGGUUGUGAAUCGUGGCGAGCAUUUGAGUAGAAGCAGGUGACUGACAACAUAAAACAUCAGUGCAAUGCUGCUCCUCAGACGCUGCCACACCCUGACUCGAUUUGGCCCUCGCAACACUCAAAGGCAUCAAGUGGCACCUGCUGUGGCGUCCUGUGCAGUUCGUCUCUGGAGCAGCAGCAGGGAGGACCAGAGAUGGUACCAGCGUGCACAUACACCCAGCUGGAGACAUGCAUUGGCGGGACUGCUGGCUGGUACCGGGGCGGUACUGGCUUAUGGACUCCACCACCACAAGGCUGAGCAGGAAGACACAGUGCAAACCAUAGAGAAGACCUCAGCUCUUCCAGUCUUCAGCCAGGAAGAGGUCACCAGUCACCGCUCUCUGGAAGAUGGCGUGUGGGUCACCUACAAAGGUGGCGUCUAUGACAUCACUGAGUUUGUGGCCAUGCACCCUGGUGGGGAUAAAAUCUUGCUGGCGGCAGGUGGAGCCCUUGAACCCUUCUGGGCGCUGUAUGCUGUACACAAGCAGGAACAUGUGCUGGAAAUGCUCUCAGAGUAUAAGGUUGGUGAGCUGAGGGCAGACGAUCUGAAGAAGCAGCAGGCCGUUCACACAUUGGACCCCUACUCCUCUGACCCCGAGCGUCACCCCGCCCUGCGCAUCAAUAACCUCAAGCCCUUCAAUGCUGAGCCGCCUCCUGAAAUCCUCUCUGACAGCUUCAUCACCCCCUCUGCUAUCUUCUUCAAAAGAAACCACCUGCCAGUUCCUCGGGUGGACCCGGCUUCAUAUCAGUUGCAGAUAGAGGGACUACCUACAGUGCUGACGCUGUCUUUAGAAGACUUAAAGACUCGAUUCCCCAAACACACUGUCACGGCCACGUUGCAGUGUGCCGGUAACCGGCGCUCUGAGAUGAAUCGGGUCAAGCAGGUGAAAGGACUGAACUGGGGCAUUGCUGCGAUCAGUAAUGCUACAUGGAGCGGUGCGAGGCUCAGGGAUGUGUUGCUGGCUGCUGGCUACAGGCCCGAUGUGGCCCAGCGGGCUUUCCAUGUUCAGUUUGAAGGGCUGGACAAAGAUGUGACUGGGACUACCUACGGUGCCUCUAUCCCUCUAAACAAGGCAGUUAGCGAGGAAGGUGAUGUGUUGCUGGCGUAUGAAAUGAAUGGUGAGGAUCUCCCUGCUGACCACGGCUACCCCGUCCGCGUUGUGGUGCCAGGCACGGUGGGUGCACGCAACGUUAAGUGGCUGGGGAAGAUCAUUGUGAGUGCGGAAGAAAGCAGUAGCCACUGGCAGCAGAAUGACUACAAGGGUUUCUCCCCCGGGACGGACUGGGACACAGUGGACUUCAAGUCUGCUCCGGCCAUCCAAGAGCUGCCCAUUCAGUCAGCCAUCACCACACCGGCAGACGGUGUUGUGAUCAAUCGCAGUUUGGAAGAGGUGACGGUGAAGGGUUACGCCUGGAGUGGCGGAGGCAGAGAGGUGGUGCGUGUAGAUGUUUCUAUAGAUGGAGGAAAGACGUGGCAGGUGGCGCAGCUGAGGAGCAGUGAGAAGGGACAAGCACCUGAACCCUCUCCCCCACCGGGACGAGCCUGGGCCUGGAAGCUGUGGGAGCUAACGGCUCCUCUUCCUCCUGAGGCUCAGGAGUUGGAGAUAGUUUGCAAGGCGGUUGACAACAGUUACAACAUGCAGCCGGACACAGUUCCUCCCAUCUGGAAUCUGAGGGGCGUACUGAGUAACGCCUGGCACAGAGUGAAGGUGAACAUCAGAGAGGAUUAGAGCGAGGAAUAGACUCAGUGGUUUGAUCCAAAUUCCACAGGUUUAUGCCUGAAACCAAGUUAUCAGAGAUUAGACAUUGUUUAAAAUCUGUCACUGAGACUAAGCGGAAAAUACAGCAGGAUUUUGUAAGAUUGUAAGAUUUAAGAUACCUAGAACAAAGCUAAAGGCUGUAAAUAACCAAAAUAUAUCCAGUUUUAUUUUGUGAUGAAUCACCUACGUUACAUGUGAGUCUGUUAAUUCUCUAAUUUGUAGAA